AUGCAUCUCGAUCCUUGCCAUGAAGACAUGCCCAAUGGCGCCCGCAUACAUUCUCAGGGGAUGGCCGGAUCUCUGCCCCGUAUGCUGCAGCCAACUCGCGAACAGCCAGAGGACUGUCCUGACCAGCCUCCUUCGAAGAGGACGAAGCUUAGCCGGCCUUCCUCUACAUACUGGGAUACUUUAUCGAAGAUCUGGCUGACCAAGGACGCUCUUGAGGAGCUCAACCGACGGAACGGAACGUCCAAUAUCACACCAAGGGUUGGAAGAACAAGAUACAGACCACCCAUUCGACAGCUCCAGACUACGCUUAAGCAGCAUUCUCAGACUCUUGCUCCCGACCCGUCAAGCGGCUGCACACCCAGGAGUCUAUGGGAGAUCAGGAAACUCUCCAUGCACGGCGGGCCUGACCUCUCUGAUCUCAGGAAUUACCCAGAACCUCAUAUUCUUUGUCCCCGUGAUAACAUGGUGAGUAUACGGAGUUCUGGCCGCCGGAAACGACUUGCAGCGUCUCCUCCAGAUGAAGAGAGUACUAGCAAGAACAAGACUGCGAAGACUUCCAGCACCAGUCCCUACAACCGUAACUUUGAGCAAAAAUUAAUUGAUUACGGUGUUUAUCCUUCUGAAUACAUGUAUCCUAAAGGUGAGACAUUUGCAGAGCCCAAUAAUUGGGAGGAGCUCAAUGAUCGACUAGAGCGCCGCCGGGCAUCUCUCUCCCCGUCGAGGUUUACGAGCGAAGAAUUUCGAGCAUUUAAAUUAGCCGAUUUAGUCGCAUCUAAGGAGAGACCUAUUUCACGCUUCGCUAUACCGAUAAUGGACGGUCAUGUCGAAGACAUUAGGUGUAUAGGAAUGGACUAUCCGUUUGGGAACCUUGCCCCUCUAACGGAUGGCUCCCUUGCAACCGCAAAACCCGACUAUUUCUAUGGUUCUCUGCCAGAUCAGCUUAACCCUCAGGUCCGUGAUAGCCUUAGCCGCUAUAUUAUACCGUCAACACAGACCUCCCUUCCAAUGGUCCCAAACUUCUUUCUGGAGACAAAAGGUCCUGAUGGAUUACCUACUGUUGCCAAGCGGCAGGCCUGCUAUCAUGGUGCAUUAGGUGCUCGGGGGAUGCAUAGACUCCAGUCGUAUAAGCGGGAUGAGGUAUAUGACAAUAAUACCUACACGAUAACCUCAACCUACCAGGAUGGCCAGCUCAAACUCUACACCACGCAUCUUACAGCUCCUAGUGGUAACAGCAACCGCCCUGAAUACAUUAUGACGCCGCUAAGGUCAUUCUCCAUGACGGAUAGGCUAAGUACACUUCGGAGUGGUAUAGCCGCAUACCGGAAUGCAAGGGACUGGGCGGAGGAGCAGAGGGAUAUGUUUAUUCAAUCUGCAAAUGAGAGACACUUGCAAGCUCAAUCCGAGGAAAAUCUCUCUCAUGAGGAAUCACCUGAACCCAUAGCUGCUGCCCCAGGGGAGCCUGAUACCUCGCCCACGCCCGAGGAAGUCGAGCCGCGCGAUGCUGCGUGGAGUUUUGCACGGCCAGACGGAGGGGCAGCACCCCGAGCUAGCAGUCCCAAAGACAAGUCUCGUCAAAAUUAG